AUGGAUGCUGCCGCCUCUGCCACUGGAAUUGUCAUCAAACUGAUUUCUGUUUUUCUUUUCUGCUUGGUCCCUAUACUCUUUCAGAUCAGCAGGGAAACGACAACGCAUACGGGUGACAAGAAACAGCCAACCUCCAAAAUCAUCCGGUCGCCGCCCAUCAUCGCUUCUCGCAUACCGUUCAUCGGCCAUGCCCUUGGCUUCUUGCGCGAAGGCCACGAUUACUUCGCUCGGCUCACCAGCACAAUCAAGUGUCCAGCCUUUACCAUAUCCAUGCUCGGACAGAAGCUCACCUUUGUCCAGCCGGAACUAGCGCGGCACGUGGCGAGGAACCCUCAUUUGCUCUUUAUGCCGGUUACUGUGUCCAUCUUCCGACGGGCGCUGCAUUUUGACGCUUCGACGUGCGAAUUACUCAUGGAGAAAACAGAGAGCAGUCGCAGCUUCUCUCACAGGAUCCUCGGCGCGACGAGAGAGGUGCUCGCCAGCCCACAGGCUCUCCCGAGACACAUUCGCAUAUUUGAUGACUGUCUCGACUGUAUGAUUUCGGAACUUGUCGAUCAAGAUCAAGGCCGAGUCAUGGCAAUCGGUGAAUGGACAAUUCGAGCAAUGACGACCGCUGUUGGACGUAUCCUCUGGGGCGACGUCGCCGGAACUAGCCUCGUCUCCGACAAAGAUUUCGUCGAGCAGCUGCAGUUUGUGAUGGCGAACCUCAGGACCUUGACAGGGCCCGAAUGGCUCAUAUCACGGACACUCAAGGCAUCGAGAAGCGAGAUUCGCACACGCUUGAAACGUGAUGCGCGGAGCCCGACAUACCAGCCCGACAGCUUCUCAGAGAAGCUACACGACUUGUGCAAGCAGGAGGGGGGUUCGGACGACACAUUUGCCGAUUUGCAGCUACUACUCGUUGGGGGUACAUCGCCCAACCCGGCCCUCGCUGCGAGCUGGUUCCUAAUGCAUCUGCUCUGCGGAGACCAGCAGUGGCUUGCUGAUACUCAGGGCGAGAUAAGGGCGUGGGUUGAUCGGGAGGAUGGCCACAUCAACCUCCGCCAGGUCCGAGAGCACUGCCCGCGGCUAAUGGCGACAUGGUGUGAGUCCCUUCGACACCAUUCAGGGUUUUCCAUUGGCCGGUACGCAUCACAGGAUACCGUUCUCGCAAAUCAAUGGAAUAUCGACAAGGACUCAUUCCUUAUGGUCUCCUUACAGGCCAGUCAUAUUGGCGAAGACGCGUGGGGCAGUCGGGGUGCCGAGUUCAUUCCGCAGCGCUUCUUGAAUAGCGAUGGAAGCUUUAAUUUGACUCGGGAGCGGCAGCUCAGGACCUUUGGCAUGCUGGGUACGAUAUGCCCGGGGAAGACGCUGGCAAUUCACAUGGCUAUGGGGCUGGCAAUUCGUCUCCUUCACUCGCUUGAUUUCGAUCUUACGGGCUCGGAACCGAGGCAAUUGCCGCUCCAGUCCAACAAUUCCUUACUCGGCGUGCCAUCGCCCAUGUCAGAUCUGAUGGUCAGUUAUAGUGCGGCAAGGCCAAGCUGUUGUGUUCGAUUCGGACUUUGA